GGAAGAACGCUUGGUGGAAACGACUGAUAGAAUUCUGCUUGGUUUCCUGCUGCAUUUCCUCUUUCCAGCUAAAUCAAGGCCCUCUCGUGCAUGGAUUUCGAAAAAGGACCUGAAAACAACACCAUCAGCACUUUACGGGAGCAGAUCCGGCGCCUCACCAAUGAAAACAUUCAGUUGCAAGACAGAAAUGAACGGCUUUACAGCAAGCUCGGUGGGCUGCAGGAGAAAAUGGGGCAGCUGGCCAGUUCGAAAAUGGACUUGUCUUCCAGACUGAUCCGCAGCGAAGAGGAGAAGCUUAAGCUCUCCAAGGACUUUGUCGAUUUCCAGAUUGAAGCCAACAAAACGAAAGAGCAACACGAGGCAGAAACCUAUGAACUCAAGACUCAGAUCCUCUCCCUGGAGAAUCGCAUCCUGGAGGUCGAGCUUCACCACGAGAGGACCGCCGGGGAGCGCGAGGCCUUGCACGAGCGCCUGCGCGCCCUGGAGGCCAACCGCAAGGAACUGGCGGAGGAGUACCUCGCCCUGAAGAGCAACUACCUUGCGCUGGGCAAGGAACACGAACAGGAAGUCGCUAAGAAUGAAGAGCUGAGCUUAGAGCUCCUCAAUUUGGCCGACGCCAGGAGUUCCCUUCCAAGGAUCCAAGCCAAGGAUCCCAAAUCCCAAGUUCAGCCUGACGAACCCUCUGAUGAGCUGAAGCGGGUGAGGGCUUUGGUCCACCGUCUCUCUGCCCGCAAAGUGAAGCCAGAAGACGUGGUAGCUUCAGAACAUGAACGGCGGAAACUGGAGAGAACGCUUUUUGGAAGCCAAGAUCAUCUCAGCACCGAGAUCGAAAGGAUGAAAGAAAUGUACAACUCCCAACAACAGAAAUUAGAAGACCGAGUGGUGGCCAUGGGGAAGGAACUGCAAGAGGCCAAAAAAGCCAUCCGGAGCACGCAGCACAAGCUAGCGGAGCAGUCAGCGGUUCUGCUCUCAUCCCAAAGCCAGCUUCGAGAAGCAGAGGCUGAAAAUUCCCGGCUACAGUUGAGGCUGAAGGAACUCAACGAGGAAUACCGAUCGCGGCUGGUUCAGUACAUCACGGACCUGGCCGACUAUAUAGACAGCAAGUCAGCUGCUGCAGCCACAGAGGGAGGCCAAGCCCCUCGGGAGACGGUUCAAAUGAAGCGCUUUGUAGACAACAUGUUGAAGGACAUCCGGGCCUCCUACAAGUCACGGGAGCAGCAGCUGGCCGGAGCCGCCCGGGGGUACAAGAAACGGAUGCAGAACUUGGUCAAGAGGCACGAAGGGCUGCUGAUCGCAUACAGGCUGCAGCGGGAACAGAUCCGGUCGCUGGGCAGUCCCGACAUGGAUCCCGGCCCACCAGAACACCAUUUCACCAUCACGGAUGCCGAGCUGUUGACCAGCACCUCUCAAGAGCUGAACCGGUUGAGGGAGGACAAAGCCAGCUUAGAAGGGCAGCUGUACGAACUGCAGAUGAAGGUCAAGCUGAGCGAAAACGCUGGCUUGAGGACAUCACCUCCACACACACUGGAUGAAGCCGGCUGGGCUGAGCUCAAGAAGCAGCUACGGGAAUUCACUCACACCACACAGGAGAACUUGGAAAAGGAGAGGAGCCGGCUGCUAGCACGGGCCACGGUGGCGGAAGAACAAGUAGCUGAGUUGCAGGAAUACGUGGAUAAACAUCUCGGAAGAUACAAACAGGAGAUCCUGAGGCUGCGAAAAUUCAUAGGGACAGAUGGUCUCCGAGCAUUUAGUGCUGGAGCUUCCGAUUCCCCAGUGGCUUCAAAAUCCAAGAGGAAUUUCAGCAACGAAGCAUAGCAUCUGCAUCAGAAGCUAAGGGAGGAAUGUCCUCAUAGCAUCCUCACGAGGCCUCACAUCCUGAGCUGGACCGACACACCUGGUGUCCUCUUGCCGCCAAAGCAUAGUUCAUGAAGGAGGAUCAGCAACGAUUUUUGUUCUUAAUUUUUCCAUCCUGUUCUCCCUUCAGAGCUCACUAGCAGUGCCCCCCAAGAUUCUCUCCUGUGAGGGAGACAAGGACACGAUGAGAAACAGCAACUGGAUUUGAAUCCCGGUCUCAUGAACUCAAAUCGACGGCACCACACAGCCAGUUGUGUUCUAAAAGGAAACUACUACUUGUCUUUCAUUUAAAUACUGGCACUGCCUGCCUCUUAAUGUAGGUGGCUUUCAUGACCUACAGACGUCCAGAUAUUUAUAGGAGGUUGCAACGUAGAGUUUGAUGCUUAGCAGGAUGUGCCUUUCAGAUGCUAAUAAUAGCUUUGAAGGAUAGACACUGGCAUUCACGAUGUGGCUUUUAAAAGCGGUCCCGAAAGGAAAGACUACAAAAUCUAAAACUGCACC